UGCCAUGGUUACACCAAAACCCAAAGUUGUGAUUUAUUUACAGGCUGCCUCUUUCUCAGUUUCUCUCUCUCUGUUUCUCUGUGUCUCGGUUUCAAGGUGGUUUCUCGGGUCGGGGCUAACUUUGCCGCAUUAUGGCCUUCUUCGGAGUGACAAACCUAGGUUAUCAAAACCCCAUAGGUGAUAAGAUGAUAGUGAAUCCCAGAGGAGCGUCUCAUCCUCGAGAUGGUGGGAUAAACAGCAAAGCAGGACCGCCUCCAUCUCAUCAAGAACAACAGCGACCCCUCAGAUGCACAGACAUAUGCAGCGUGCAGCACCACCGGCCUCCUCCCCAUAGCACAGACAUACACCAUGGGAGCUAUGAGCAAUACAAAGAGAUGGUCAAACGGAUUCAAACACCCAGAUCCCCUAACCAGCUGUACAUAAUGCCUCUAACGGACAACCAGCAGUAUGGAUGGAUGAUGUCCAGGAGUCCUGAACCAUGGACCCAGGUCAAACGGUUUCCCAAAAAGAACAGCGAGAUGACAAAGUUUGUUAAAGAAAUGUCAACGACAAACCCGGAGUUCAGCCUGUUCUGAGACAACUUUUCUUCUUCAGUUAUUAUUAUUUAACACAACAGAAGCAGCAUCAGUUUUGAUGUGAAUUUGUGAGAUUAAACUGAUAACAGAUACACUUUU